AUGACUUCACUAGAGACUGCCAUUAAUCAAACAAGAAAGAAAGAAAGGGAAGUUGCUAAUGCUAAAGAAGCAAUGGAGGGGCUAAAAGAAGAAGGGAUCGGCGGAAACGCUCUCAUUCUUGUGGAGCUACUAAAGCCAAUCAAGAGUGCAAUCGUUUGGUUUCGAGAAAUUAUUUCAUGGAAGCGACCAGCAGCUACCUUUGUGGCAAUUACCAUAAUUUCAGUAAUUGAGUACAAGGAAUGGGUCGGGAAGUCGAUAUCAGCACGCUUGCUUGUAUUGGUAUCGAAAAUGAUCCAAGCUAGACUAGAAAGGCUCAAAGUCAAGCAAAAGGAGAUAACUGUGUGCACUGCCUCGGAGCCGAUAGGGUUGUCAAGAGAGAACAUAGUUUCAGCACAGCAUGGAUUUAUUACAACGGGAUAA